AUGACGCCCGAAUCGCUAGCCAUUAGCAAUGCAGUGAACGGCAUCAUCUUCAGCUUGCGCAAGAUUCGCGACAACCUCAUCUUUCAGCUGCAGUUCAAGUCGGCCGUCUUUCUCUCCGACAAGAUUCUCGCCCUUAAACCCUCCACGGAAGACUACGCCGUCCUCGCCAAGUGUCUCUAUCGUCUGAAGGAGUAUCAGCGAGCCGCUUACAUAAUCACCUGUCGCAAUUUGCACCACACUGACAUUUCCUGCUGUCUACUGGUCAUUAAGUGUUAUUACGACAAACCUGACGAGCUCGAAGUGUACAGCCCAUUUGAUCUCUACUCUAAUCACUCUGAAUUUCUCGUGGCAUUGGCUGAACGGCACUACUACAAUUGCAAGUACUCUGAAGCACUUGAAAUCACCACCAAUCUACUCAAACAAGAUCAGUACAACAACGAGGGUUUACUAGUUCACGCCUCGACCUUGAUGGAGUUUAAGAAUACAAAUGAUCUAUUUGAGCUGGCGCAAAAGCUAAUCGACCUCUACCCGGAACGGGAGAUCUCCUGGUACGUGCUCGGCUGCUACUACCACCUCAUUGAAAAGGUCGACCUGGCGCGGCGGUUUCUGCUGAAGUCCACCACACUGAACUGCUUCUUUGCACCGGCGUGGCUCCUCUACGGGCACUCCUUCUCGCAGGAGUCAGAGCACGACCAGGCCAUCUCGGCCUUCUUCAAGGCGGCGCACUUUAUGCCCGGCUGUCACCUGCCGCUGCUCUACAUCGGCGUGGAGUACAUUCUCACCGACAACUGCCGCCUGGGGGAGAAGUUCAUCAUGAAGGCGCUGACCAUUGCGCCCAAGGAUCCGCUCACACUGCACGAGCUAGGAAUUAUUGCCUUCAACACUAAUGAGGUCAUCAGGGCGGAGCGGCACUUCAAAGCGGCGCUGUCCAUUCUCAAGUACAAUCAAAAUCCAACGGCGUUGCCGAACCGCUACGACACACUGUUGAACAAUAUGGGCCACGUGAAGCGGAAGAUUAACCGGCCCCUUGAGGCGAUUGAGUUCCACAAGAAUGCGCUCAUCAUGUCGCCGCAGAGCGCCCCCUCCUACACCGCCAUUGGCUUCAUCUACUGUCAGCUGAGCAAGUGGAAGGAGGCAGUGGACUACCUCGACAUGGCCUAUGGCCUCAACAAGCUGCAGCGAAAUGAAGACCCGCACACGAAGACGCUGCUGGAGAAUCAUGCCUUGAAGAACUACCAGCGCAACUGUCGGGACUCGCUCGGUUUUGAACUCAACCAAUUUGACUGCUCCUACACUAAUGCCAAACGCCUAA